UUCUAAUAUAUCCUAUAUUAUUAUUGUAUAUACCCGGGAUGGAGUGUAUCCGAACUGUGUUUCAACGUCAAGUAUCCAUGAACAAUACCCUACUACUGCAGUUCUCUUCCACGGACACGCCGACUACCUCAUCGUCAUUCUCCCGUACUCCAUCAACUCCAUCGUGGCUAGUGAGAGGCACAGUGCAUUCCCAGCUCCAUACUAUGAUAAGGGGCUGUGGCUGUGUUAAGCAAGAAGCGGGUCCAACUGAGGCUGUGUCUACUCUAUUUCACGAAUCCUGGGCAUCGUCAUUGGAGAUCCCAAAAUACAAUCCACAGGGCCUCUCUCAGCAUCAAGUCAUGCCAUAUUGAGGCAUACAAAAAACAUACACUGAUACAUUCUCACGAUAUAUGCUAUCUAAUCAUGUCCCACUCACCAUCAACUACGCGAUUCAUUCCCUGCGACUCAUUCAUUUUCCCAAUAUAAUCACGUGACACAUGCCAUGAAACUACCUGCAAACGCGCUAGCGCCAUUCGCGGAUAGCUUCGACCUCUGGCUGGCUCGCGGUGCACGCAUCGACGACCCUCCAACGCAUCUGCUUCCAUCGCAGCAGUACCAGACCACCAGCACACCAAGACUCUGCGCCUGCCUCCACAAUGGCAGACUCGGAAUCCGCCCCCAAGUUCGCGCCGUUCAUCGGAAUGGCCGGAAUUGCGUUUGCGAUGAUCUUUGGCACUAUUGGCGCCGCAUACGGCACGGCGAAAUCGGGCAUUGGAAUCGCGGGCGUGGGAACCUUUAGGCCAGACCUCAUCAUGAAGUCCCUCAUCCCCGUCGUCAUGUCCGGUAUCAUCGCCGUCUACUCCCUCGUCAUCGCCGUCCUAAUCGCCGGCGACAUGGCCCCUCCCCCGGGCCAGCACUACGCGCUCUUCACGGGCUUCCUGCAUCUCGCCGCCGGCCUGUCCGUCGGGCUUACGGGUUUGGCGGCGGGUUAUACGAUUGGGAUUGUGGGAGAUAUGGGGGUGAGGAGUUAUAUGCAGCAGUCGAGGAUUUUUGUGGGGAUGGUGUUGAUUCUGAUUUUUGGGGAGGUGUUGGGGUUGUAUGGGUUGAUUGUGGCGUUGAUUUUGAAUACGAAGAGUAGGGGAUGAGUGAAGGGAGG